AUGGCCAAGGCUACCAAAAAACCAGCACCGGUAGCUGAAUCUUCGAAGGCUUCUGUGCGUCAAGAGGAAGCAGCUCAAGACUCAGUGGCUGAGGACUCCAGCUCGGAUGACGGGUCUGAGGACAAUGGAGGUGUCGAUGAAGAGGGCAUGGAGCGGUUGAUGAAGGCACUCGGAGAAGACGGGCUCGAUGACUUUGAGAGGAUGCAGCUGCAUGUUACUUUGGGCGGAGACGAAAGCGGCUCCUCAGAAGAUGAAGACUUCGCUCCCAACGAUGGAUCUGUUUCGAACGAAGAAUCGGGCUCUGAGGAGGGGGAUUCAGACUUAGAAGAGGAACAAGAAAGUGGCGAACAAAGCGACCAAGAAAGUCAAGAAGAUGAAGACGUUCCUUUAGAUGAGGUUGAAUCUAUCGACGCCGACGCAGUCCCUCGACAAAAAAUUGAAAUUGACAACACCGCUGCGAUGUCUCGCAUACGCGAAACUAUUCAACUGGACUCUUCUCUUCCGUGGACCGAAACCCUUGUUCUUUCCUACCCAGAAACCAUCGACGUUGAUGUUAACGACGACCUGAACAGGGAACUUGCGUUCUACAAGCAAGCUCUGCAUAGUGCAAACGCCGCGCGCGACCUCGCGACGAAACACAACCUCCCAUUCACUCGUCCGCCAGAUUACUUUGCGGAGAUGGUCAAGUCCGACUCUCAUAUGGAAAGGAUACGACAACGGCUUCUUGAUGAACGGGCUGGUAUCAAAAAGAGUGAAGACAAGCGUCGCGAGCGAGAGGGCAAGAAAUUCGGCAAACAAGUCCAAAUAGAAAAGCUCAAAGAGCGAGAGAAGAGCAAGAAGGAUAUGGAAGAGCGUCUCAAGGGCCUCAAGCGCAAACGUGGGGACAUGCUGGACAAACAAGAUGACGAUGGUUUCGACAUAGCAGUUGAAGACGCGAUUUCUGACCGACCAUCAAAGCGGGGACGUGGAGUGGCUUCUAAUGGCCGCGGGGGUUCUAAAAUGAGUAGACGAGGUCGGGACCAGAAGUUUGGAUUUGGCGGUGGUGGCAGACGAUCCAAAUCCAAUACGCGUGAAUCGACUGAUGACUUCGGUGGAAAGCGCGGUGGAAAAGCUGGUCCUGGACGGGGUGGGGCGCGUGGAGGGGGUUCCAGACGACUUGGAAAAAGCAAGCGUAUAGCUGGAAGAGGCAGAAAGUAG